UUGGUUGGAUUUGGAAAUUGGAAUUGGAGGACAUUGGUUGGACCAACCUGUAUGGGAAAACAUUGGACGACGGGUAACCCCUCUGAACAGUCGUUAAAAAACUUGAUUUAUGGGAUUAGAUCGAUAAAUAGGCGCAGAAUUGAGUAACAACAAAGCCUGACACCGAUUCCAAAUGCUAUGGGACUUUCACAACCAUGGUCCACCUUGCCCUUAGCGACUCAAUCACCAGCCGUUUUUCCGCCUUUCAUAUCCAAGGAAUACAUUCAGUGAUACAUUGCCGCCGUUAAAAACAUAUGUGACGCCGCCGUAGCUGAAAAAAGUUCGACUCAGUUGUCUCAUAUUCCACGUGAAACAUUUUUUAAAGUUCACCCAUUUGAGAAACUUCCAAUCGCGUCCUAGUUAGUUAAUUUUUUAUUUAUAAAGUAGUCUUAAAUAUGUCCAAGAAUAAGGGAAAGAACAAGAAGAAUCAAUUCGACGACGAUGAUGAAAUGCAUGAACAACCAGCUGCUCCCAAAAAAUCUCAGAAGAAAGACAAGAAGGGCAAAAAGAGGGGAGAUGAUUCAGAUGAUGAAAUAAAUGAUGACUUGGAAAGUCUUCAGAGCAGUAGUAGUAAAACGCCAUCGCAGCAAGCCCAGCCAACAAACAAGGGUGGAAAGAAGGGCAAGAAAGGUAAAAAGGGCAAAGAUGAUUGGAGUGAUGAUGAUGAGGAAGAAGUUCCACAACCGGUGGCUAGUAAAAAGAAGAACAAAAAACGACAGGAUAGUGAUGAUGAGGAUGCUGAUGAACCCGUAGCAGCUCCAGUCAAAAAGAAUAACAAGAAGGCUGGUAAGAAGGGCAAAAAGGCGGCCGACAGUGAUGAAGAUGAGGAUGAAGAGGCACAAGUAGAUGUGCCUAAACCGGCCAAUAAGAAACAACAGCAGAAAAAGUCCAAGAAGAACAAAAAGAAAGAUGAUUUCUCUGAUGAUGAUGACAAUGAUAUUGAUAUUCUUAAGAAGGCUGCCGAGGAAAAUGAUGACUCUGAUGAAGAAGAGGAAGAACCUGUGAUCAUAGCCAAGCCGGUCAAAAAGUCGAACAAGAAAAAUAAGAAAAGUAAAUUUGAAGUGAGUGAAGAAGAGGAAGAGGAGGAGGAGGAAGAAAAAUUGUCUGAAGAUGAAGAAGAAGAGCCACAGCCAGAACCAGAGCCCGAACCUGAGCCGGUCAAAAAAUCCCCUUCACCUCAAAAGUCUAUUGAAAAGCCCAUUGAAUUAGAAGAAAAAUUGGAAAAUCUUAACAUCGAGGAAAAGAGUGAGGCUGAAGAUAAUGAAGAGAAGGAAUCUACUCCUACUGGCAACGAAGAAACGGCUGGAGACAAAUCCAAGGAAAAGAAGCUUACCCACAAGGAAAAGAAGAAACUAAAGAAACAAGAGGAAUACGAACGUCAAAUGGAAAUGAUGACCAAAAAGGGUGGUUUGGGCCACUCCGAUUUGGAUAGUAACUUCACAAUGUCCCAGGUUCAAAAGACUGCUGGCCAAAAGGCCGCCCUCGAGCAUGCCGUGGACAUAAAAAUUGAAAACUUUACCAUAUCAGCAAAAGGUAAUGACCUCUUUGUUAAUGCCAAUCUGUUGAUUGCCCAUGGUCGUCGUUAUGGUUUGGUGGGCCCUAAUGGUCAUGGUAAGACCACUCUUUUACGUCACAUAGCCACGCGUGCCUUUGCAAUUCCACCCAACAUUGAUGUGUUACUCUGCGAACAGGAAGUUGUAGCCACUGACAAAACUGCCGUUGAAACCAUCCUCGAAGCCGACACAAAACGCCUCAAUCUCUUGAAAAAGAGCAAAGAGCUGGAAGAACAAUUCGCUGCCGGCGAUAUGAGUGUCCAGGAGGAGUUAAAUGACACAUUUGCCGAAUUGAAAGCCAUUGGAGCCUAUUCGGCUGAGGCUCGAGCUAGGCGUAUUUUAGCUGGUCUGGGUUUCAGUGAAGAAAUGCAGAAUCGUGCCACCAAUAAAUUCUCUGGUGGUUGGCGUAUGCGUGUGUCACUGGCUCGUGCUUUGUACUUGGAACCAACUCUUCUCAUGCUUGAUGAACCUACCAAUCAUUUGGAUCUGAAUGCUGUCAUUUGGUUGGACAAUUAUCUGCAAGGCUGGAAGAAAACUCUGUUGAUUGUUUCCCACGACCAGAGUUUCUUGGACAAUGUGUGUAAUGAAAUCAUUCAUCUGGAUCAAAAGAAGUUGCAUUACUACAAGGGCAACUACUCAAUGUUUAAGAAGAUGUACGUCCAGAAACGUCGGGAGAUGAUUAAGGAGUACGAGAAACAAGAAAAGAGAAUAAAGGAACUGAAGGCCCACGGCCAAUCCAAGAAGGCGGCAGAGAAGAAACAAAAGGAAGCGUUGACGCGCAAACAGGAGAAGAAUAAGUCGAAGCAGCAAAGACAGCAGGAAGAUGACAACGGACCAACGGAGUUAUUGGAGAAACCCAAAGAAUAUAUUGUCAAAUUUCGGUUUCCAGAACCAUCGCAGCUGCAACCUCCCAUUCUGGGUUUGCACAAUGUCACCUUCGCCUUUGAGGGUCAGAAACCUUUGUUCGUCAAUACCGAUUUCGGUAUAGACCUUACUAGUCGUGUUGCCAUUGUUGGACCCAACGGUGUGGGAAAAUCCACAUUUUUGAAGCUGUUACUGGGUGAAUUGGAACCCCAAAAGGGUGAACAGAGAAAGAAUCACCGUCUACGUGUAGGACGUUUUGAUCAGCAUUCCGGUGAACAUCUUACUGCUGAAGAAUCUGCUGCGGAAUAUUUGCAACGUCUAUUUAAUUUGCCACAUGAAAAAGCACGGAAAGCAUUGGGUUCCUUCGGCUUAGUAAGCCAUGCCCACACCAUUAAAAUGAAGGAUCUCUCGGGUGGUCAAAAGGCCCGUGUGGCAUUAGCCGAACUGUGUUUGAGUGCCCCAGACGUGUUGAUUCUUGAUGAACCUACAAAUAACUUGGAUAUUGAAUCAAUUGAUGCUUUAGCCGAGGCCAUUAAUGAAUACGAAGGUGGUGUCAUUAUAGUGUCUCACGACGAACGUUUAAUUCGUGAAACCGGCUGUACCCUGUACGUCAUUGAGGAACAGACAAUCAAUGAAAUUGAUGGCGAAUUCGAUGAUUAUCGUAAAGAGGUUUUGGAUGCUCUCGGUGAGGUUGUUAACAAUCCCAGUGUUGUGGCCAAUGCAGCAGUGCUUUAAAAAAGAUCAAUCGUUGUUAGAGGAUAUGCAUUUUUGUGAUUAUUGUAAAGAGAUUUUUAUUUUUGAAAAUUGUCGAAUUUUUUUUUUAACAAUUGAUUAUUGUCCCAAGGAUAGACCAACUGUACAUUUCUUUAAGAGAUCGUGCAAUUGACAAAAACAAUCAAUUGUUAAAUGGCUUCACAGAAAACUAAAAAGAUUUGUUAAUUAUGUAUGUAUGUGUGAAGGAAGUGAGUAUUAAUAAAAUGAAUGCAAGCUGGA